CUCGAAGCUGAGUUUAGUUUAUUCCGGAAAAAAUGUCAAUGUGAACGAACAUAACCAAGUGUCGAGGGCGACGAAUCAUAGCGCACAAUUUUAAAUUAUUAAUUCAAUUCGGACGUAAGAGGAAACACAUAUAAAAUGUAUCGUUGACAAAUAAGUUGAGAUAAGGAUUUUCGAAAUAAAAUGAUGAUUAGGUACUUUGACAAGUCGACGUGGAACGAGUAAGGAGGAAGCACCGAACGAGAUAAAUAUUGUAUAUACAUAUGAAUUGUUAUCGUCAUUCGAACAACGAUAAGGCAAGAUUUUUGACGUUUUUAUUCAUCAGCAGCGACAGCACACAAUAAUCAUGCCGCCACAGCUGGCGCGGGAGAAACAUGUCAAAUUCUUCCAAAGGUUACUACAAAUCAUGCCUAGCAGUUUAGCAGAAUUUGAUUCUACCAGACCGAUGAUAGCGUACUUUGCACUAUCCGGACUAGAUUUGUUGAAUUCGCUAGACGAGAUUGGGGAACAAUUUAAGUCUGAAGCCAUCGAUUGGAUCUACGGUCUCCAGGUGGAGGGAGCAGGUUCUCGUUCCGGCUUUCAAGCAUCUACAACGAUACCAAAAGAUGUACCAGAGUAUCAGUGUGGUCAUCUAGCGAUGACCUACACAAGCUUGGUCACUCUUUUGAUCCUUGGUGAUGAUCUGAGCCGAGUGGAUAAGAAAUCCAUCAUUGAUGGAGUUCGCGCAUGUCAAAAUCCUGAUGGAUCUUUCACGGCCAUGGUGUUGGGAUGCGAGAGUGACAUGAGAUUUCUCUAUUGCGCCUCUUGUGUUUCUGCGAUUCUAGAUGACUGGUCAGGCGUUGACAUUCCAAGGGCUAUUGACUACAUAUUGCGAAGCAUUUCGUACGAUGGCGGUAUAGGACAAGGACCAGGACUUGAAUCUCAUGGAGGAUCGACCUUUUGUGCUGUGGCAAGUUUGUUCUUAAUGAAAGAACAUGUUAACAUAUUGGAUGUAUUGACGUGGAAUCGUUUAACUCGACUAAAGCGUUGGCUGCUUAUGAGGCAGGAUGGUGGAUUUAAUGGAAGACCUGGGAAACCAUCUGACACAUGUUACAGUUUUUGGGUUGGCGCUACGCUUGAGCUUUUAGAGUUCCUCAACUUCUCGGAUGCCGAGCAAAAUAAAACAUUCGUCCUCAAUACUCAAGAUACGCUCGUUGGAGGAUUGGCAAAGUUUGAACACACUCGACCUGAUCCUUUACACACGUAUCUAGGUUUGUCUGGUUUAAGUCUCUUGGGGCAACCUGGUCUGUGUUCGAUAAAUCCAGAACUCAAUAUCUCCCAACGAGCUUACGAGCAUCUACAACAGAUCCAUAAAAAGUGGCGGAACGAAUGAGUUCGCUGUAUAAAAAUUCGAGAAAUUAGUGUUCAUAUCAAACACACAGAAUUUAAAUAUAUCAGAUCAGACAUCUUUGCAUUUGAUCAUAGCUCUCAUUUAUAUUACAUCACAUUUUCUGCUCUAAAAUCCUCAUUUUAGAAAGAAAAAGAAAAAGAGAGAAACGUCAAUUAAUAUUGUACUUAAUACAAUAAUCACGAUAUUAGUAAUAUUUUAUUUUAUAUGGUUUGUUGGGCUGUUUAUUGAGUAUUGUGCUUGUUACGUGGUGUAUGUAAAGUAUGUACAUUAAAGUAUAGAUAUUUACUAGAAGCAUUACUAGAAAAUAAGAGUAUCAAUAAAAGUUUUUAGAUAGAUUA